AGCAGCCCUCGGCGGCGGCAGCGACGGUGCUGCUGGUACGUGAUUUUCCUCUCCUGCCGAGGUUCCCGGUAGUUUGAUAUAAAUACACCCAGUGAUUUUGUGGCUCCAAACUCCAAUUAUUCAGGAAGCUGAUUCUGCAGCUGCAGUGGAUGCAAUCUGAAAGCCUGCAGUGAGCAUCAGCCAGGACCCAAGGACUUCAAUAACCAGGAAAAUGCCUGCCUUUCCCAAGGAACAAACAAAGGAGAAACCUUUAUUUCUUGUGUAGCUGGAAGGAAAAGCAAUACAAUCUUGCCACCCAGUUAAUUUAAAGGAGCAUUUUUCAAAAUACCUCUUGGCUGUGUGAAUCUUGUAACUCUGACACCAACGUGCCUUUGGACCUGUGCAAAUAAAUCAUUGAAGUAUUGAUUGGGCAAAGAGGACAUUGAUAGAGUGACUCUUGGAGGAUCAUGACAAAGCACUCAGAGAUCAUCAAUUUGUCAUUUUUGUUGGAACAUGAAAGGGAAACAAUAUUGGGAGUAUUGAAGAGAGAUGAGUACUUGAAAAAAGUUGAGGAUAAAAGAAUAAGGAAAUUGAAAAAUGAGCUCCUGGAAGUGAGAAGGAAAGGCGGGAACCGCCGCUCUGAACAGGACAACAGCAGGGUCUGCGUUCGCUGCCAGAAAAGCCUGGGCUUCAUCUUUGACAGGGGAGAGCUGUGCCAGAGCUGCCAGCUGCGGGUGUGCAGCUCCUGCCGUGUGCUGGCAGCUGAUGGGCACUGGAAGUGCUCGGUGUGCGCCAAGAUUGCAGAGCUACGGAUAGUGACAGGAGAAUGGUUUUUUGAAGAGAGAGCAAAGCGCUUCAAACAAUCAAAUCUUGGAACUGAUGUUGUCAGACAGUCAAUCCUUCACAAAUUCCCAGACACAGUUUCCAAUGCAGAUGACGAAAGAACACUCAAAGAUCAACCCCAAGAGAAUGAAGAAAAAAAACCAGAUGCACCAGUCUGUUUCACAAAUGGGCACAAAUCUGUCUUCAGCAGACCUAGAAAGAUUGGAGGCAGCACGCUUUCCCUGGGCAGCAGCAGUGCAGGGGCUGCAGCAGGAGGUGCCAGGGGCAGGGGCAGCUCUCCCCGGGCGCGCUCUCCGGCGCUGGGCGCGCGCAGCGUGACCAUGGACUGCAGCGGGGACAUUGGCUUGGAAAAUGGCAUGAUUAUCCCAGCAAGUGAAAGUGUACCUGAAGAUUUAGUAAAGAAGCACUGCAGGAAACCAUCUGGAACACCUUCCAUUGCAGUUUCUAGGGUAUCUUUGUCAUCAGACCGCAGCCGAUCUGAGAUAGAUUUGAGUGAAUCUUUCUCUGAAGGAAAUGAGGAUACCCUGAGCAUAAGAAGCAAAUCUGUACCUAGUGCCUUAGAUCAGGAAUUGGGCUAUCUGGAUGAAACAGAAGAAGAUAUUGAUGACAUAGUGGCCUCUUGUUAUCCAAGAAAACACGAACAUAUGACAAGUGGAUUAUCAACAAACUCUCCAGAAGGCUCUGACAGAAAAUGGACAUAUUUAAAUGUUCCUGAAGCAGAUGGUGAUACUACGAGCAUUACCAGCAUGAUGAGUGUGUAUAGUGAAACUGGUGACUAUGGCAACGUGAAGGUCAGCGGUGAAAUCCUCCUCGGUAUCAACUACAUCUACAGAACUGGUGCCCUCAACAUCCUGGUGAGGAGCUGCAGGAACCUGGCCAUUGCAGAUGAGAGGAAGCAAAGGACUGACCCGUAUGUCAAAGCCUACCUUCUGCCUGAUAAGUCCCGCCAAAGUAAGCGCAAGACCAAAAUUAAAAGUAACAGCACCAACCCAGAAUUUAAUGAGACACUGAAGUAUGUCAUCAGCCACUCACAGCUGGAAACCAGGACCCUACAGCUUUCUGUCUGGCACUAUGACAGGUUUGGACGCAACAGCUUCCUUGGGGAAGUGGAAAUUCCGUUCGACUCCUGGAACUUUGAAAAUCAGGGCGAUGAGUGGUUUGUGCUCCAGCCCAAGGUGGAGGUUGUGACAGAUUUUGGGCUUCAAUACAAAGGAGAACUGACAGUGGUUUUACGCUAUAUUCCCCCAGACAGAAACCUAAUGCUUCCUCUGGGACAGUUUCAAGGAAAGAGAGGCUUCAAAAAAGGAAAAAAAGGAGAUUCUCAUCUGCCAUCUGGAGGCAUAUUAGAAGUACUUAUCAAAGAAGCAAAGAAUUUAACAGCAGUGAAAUCAGGAGGCACAUCUGAUACUUUUGUGAAAGGAUACCUGCUCCCAGAUGACAGCAAAGCUACAAAACACAAAACUCCCGUAGUCAAAAGGAGUGUGAACCCCCAGUGGAAUCACACCUUUGCCUUCAGUGGCCUGAAUUCCAGGGACAUACGGAAUGUCUGCCUGGAGCUGACCGUGUGGGACAAGGAGUCACUCUCCAGUAACAUUUUUCUGGGAGGUGUCCGUCUGAGUGCUGGAAAUGGUGUGAGCAAUGGCAAGGAGGUUGACUGGAUGGACUCUCAAGGGGAAGAGCAGCACCUCUGGCAGAAGAUGAUUGACAGCCCGGGAGUUGCAGUGGAAGGAGUGUUAAUGCUGAGAUCCAGCAUGGGAAAACGCAGAGUCUGAAAGACUUUAACUACUGGGGGUGCCACAGGUACUCCUGGCUCCGGUGGGGUCCAGGCUCUUGUCACUUUGCCCAUUUGAGCAUCAGAAGGGUUGUACCCUUUGCCUUGGAUAUUAAGACUCUGAGUGAGAUUUUAAUGCAUUCUGCACUUUCAUGCCCGUUUUUAACCCAGGCUUCUUGUGUGAAUGGUUUCUCCUGAAGCCAGUGGAACUGGACCUUGUACAGAGAUCAGACUGGCUUUCUCUGUCCCUCCUGGUGGCUGGAUGCAGCUGAUGAACAUUCUGCCUGAGCACUGCUCAGAGUGAGCAAAUUCUCUUGAUGGUCUUUUAUUGAGUAAUGCCAGGUUUAUGAACCUCUUUCUGGCUCAGAGACGGCCCAGAAGGCAGCAGUGGCACAGCACAAGCAGAUUCAGAGAGAAUCUGUGCUUUGGUGUCUGGAAGUUAAGAAGCCAUAAUGUUGUGGAUGACAACAAGCAGUGUUUCUUUAUUGUGUUUGCUUGUUGGGCUGUGCAGUGGUGCAGCACAACAGGCUUGGGACCAGCACCCAACCAAGCAGGGCCAGUGCAGUGUGUGCACCCUAGGAACAGGCAGCAGUGAGCUGGUGGGCAGUGCUGGUGUCCUGGCAUCCUCUGGGUAUUUUAAUGCACAUGUAUAAAAGGCAGACUUGGUUCAACGUAACCAAAGAGCCUCUAGUGAAAAUGAAUCAUAACAAAUCCUGUUUCCAGAACUACAUGAUGCUACUGUGCUUUCCAUUCAGUUGACAGCUCUAGCCAAGACCUUCUGAUGUCAUUGAACAGAGGGAGAAUGUCCACAUGCCAGUCCCCAUCUGAUGUGUCACUGAGAUGAGACACAUGCCAGGUUUGGAGAGAGUUAACUAAAACUUGAUUCAACAGAUUGUAUAAAACAGAAUGGGAUUAAAGCACAUGCCAAAGUGAUCUGCAUAACUGUAAAAUCUUCUCUGAAUGGGGUCCCAUCCAGGCCCAUGCACAUUAUUUAUAAUCCAAGUAGGACAUUUCUCCUGAACAUCCCCCAGUGGAUUUAGUGAUGAGUGGGUCUUGGCCAAUACAAUCAUUAUUCUUAUUAACUGUGACAACUGUUCCACAGUAAUUUUGUGAUUUUUCAAAGUAUAAGACCAAGGAAGAUCAGGACACUGAAUGAACAGCAUUUCUUCUGAAUUUUCCACAAUUAGAACACAACUUUCUAUUUGCACUGGUAAAUACAUAAUACUGGUAAAUUCCUACAUUUUGAUUUUUACCCCAAAGUUUAUUGCAAGAAGUCUAGAUUGAGCAACAGAAUAUGAGUUGAUAGCUAAACAACCAUGGCUGGAGAUUUUGACGUCUGUUGUUGUCCUAGUGGAAAAUUAACUACAUGUAUUUAGAGCUAAAUUCAAAACCUUAAAAUGUAACAUUAAUUCUUUUCUUUUUAAGGUAUUUUAUGCUGUUUUUUGUUGGAGUGGCUGUAAACUGCA